AUGAACUCAAUCACGUCCGCUGCAACAAUUAGCAAAAUCAGGGAAACAUGUGCAAGAUGGGGAAUUCCAGAGACUUUGGUAUCAGACAACGGUACACAGCUUACAUCAGAGGAGUUUUCAGUUUUCUUAAAAAGAAAUGGAAUAAGGCACGUUACCGGACCGCCGUACAAACCAGAGACAAAUGGAGCAGCAGAAAAUGCAGUAAGGAGUUUUAAGAAAGGCUUCAAGGCAGCGCUUUUAGACCAAAGAAACCGACACGUUUCGACAGACACUCUUGUCAGCAGGUAUUUAUUCUGGUAUAGAAAUUCUACGCACUGUCAAACGAAUGAAGCGCCAGCGAAAUUGAUGCUGGGUAGACAUCUCCACACGACGCUCAACUUAAUGAGAGCUGACACAAACCGAGACACAGAAAGGCAAUUUAACCAUAAAGGUCGAGAUUCUCCAACAUUUGAGAAGGGAAGUAUAGUUUGGAUUCGGGACUAUCGGAAGCCUAACACCAAAACUUGGCAGGAAGCAAAGGUCAUCGACAUAUUGGGACCACGAAACUACACGUGCGAGUUACCAGAUGGACAAAAAUGGAGGAGACACGUUGACCAAAUGAGAAAAAGAAUUGAAGCACCAAGCACUGAGGACAGCAAGUCAGAGACAGUACAGCCAGCGAAUACAAACCAAGAAGUACCACAAAGGAAGAUGCCUGGGGAACCAAUAAUGCCAUCAGCUACACCGCCACCACCAGAACAAACACCAUCUCUCGAACCGCAACCCAACCCUAUUCCAGAGAUUAGGAAUUAA